UCAUCAUUUACUUGGCCGUUCAUGGAGAUUGAUAAAGCGUUUACUCGAUUCAUCAAAGAAUAUCAGGAAAUCAACGGGUCGCAUGUGCACACCUAUUCCAAUCCUCCAACCCCAUUGGAGUUCUUGAGACACAGUGUACAUCCUAAUAGACCAGCCGUGAUCAAAAAUGCGUUUCAUCAUUGGCCAGCGUGCACCAAGUGGACCAAUGCCUAUCUGCGAGACACUAUGGGUGAUACGCCUGUCACCGUCGCAUCUACGCCAAAUGGAUAUGCGGAUGCGGUGACCAUGGACGAAGUGACACAACAGAAGUACUUUGCUUUACCCCAUGAGCAGCGCAUGCCAUUCAGCGAUUACCUCGAUCUUAUUGAAGGGAAAGCCAUCUCUGAAAAUGCACACUACAUUUCGUUGCAAAAUGGAAGUUUGCCCACGGAGUUCUCGCUUCUCGAGAACGAUGUCGAUCCUGAAAUAACUUGGUGCAGUGAAGCAUUAGGUAAAAGCCCCGACGCUGUUAAUUUCUGGUUUGGCAAUGAGAAGAGCAUUACCUCUCUCCACAAAGAUCCUUACGAAAACUGUUAUGCUGUCGUCCGGGGUUCUAAAACAUUCAUCUUGUUUCCGCCUUCCGAAUACUAUUGCAUGCACGAAUCUCUGUAUCCUAACGCCAUAUACGUUCCUGAUGAAAAGACGGGCAAGUUGACAUUGCAACCACUGGAUCCGCCCAGCAAAACACCAUGGAUUCCUGUGGAUCCUCAACGUCCCGAUUUGGAACAGUACCCAAGAUUUGCUCACGCGCGUCCCAUCGUUGUCACCAUUGGCGAAGGUGAAAUGUUAUAUUUGCCAGCACUCUGGUUUCAUCAGGUUUUGCAAAAAGGGGAUGAUGGCGUCAUUGCGAUCAAUUACUGGUAUGACAUGGAAUAUACCAAUACCCUGUUUCCGGUGACCGGUCUUUUUCGGGGACUGGUGAUGGGCGCUCUAGAUGGGCAAUCCAAUGUACUAGAUGAUGAUAGAAUAAGCAUAAGUGACGAUGACGAGAAUGAACUGUAAUAUAGAAUAUUGUUACAA